ACCGAUGUACGCACGCCACCCACCGGGCGCUGUGUAACUCCGUCUCUAACCGUUCCACCCCAAACAUCCUUCGGAGCAGGCCGGUGCGUCGUCGUCGUCGAGCGGAAUGGAGUAAAAGUACAGAAAUCUUUGGUUAAUUUAGUCAGUUGGUUCGUGCUAGCGCUAGCGUUCACAUCGAACAUCGGAACAGGUCUGUAAAGCAAACGAACUCUAACCGAACCUCGAAUACGCGACUGAGUGUAGUUUUUGUGCGGAGUGUGUGCUUUGUUCCCCCAGUAGUUGGAAAAAAAUUAUAAAAGUGAAUGUUUCUUUCGCGGAAAGUAAUUAAUAUUUCGAAAACAAGUGCAAAUACUUGCUGAAGUGAAGUGAGAACCGAUUGCGAGUGUCAGUUGCAACAAUAGAAGUGCGCCCGAAACAGUCACACAGUCACUCGGAGGGAAAAACGGGCCCUUCGUGCUGGUGGUAGUGGUAGUGGUGAGUGAGUGGUUGGUUGAAGAAGCUGUGCUGCGGUCUGUAACGGGCUGACCGCUGCAGUGAACUUCGAAGUGAACUACCGACGGCAGUGGCAGUUAAUUUUCUUUCAUCGUUCAGCAAACAGUCUCCAGUUUUGACGCGAAACAGUCGAGCAGGUAUUGGGCGACCGGGUCCCGGGCUGCAUUUCAUUACUGCAAACGAAUCGCACGACCUUUGGCGAUUCCUUUGGACAGCACUUGAAGGACCUGUCCCGUAAGGCCGGCGAGGACAAAACCGGACAUGAGUGCUAAUCGACAACCGUCAGCAUCGAUUCAGCAGCAGUAGUGGAGCGUUCCCCAUACGUGUUCUGGUUUUUGUGUGUGAUUGGUGUGUAAGGACGUUUGCCUUCACAAACGCCGCUGAGCAGCAUCCCAAGGAAACGCAACCGACCUGAAACCAUCCGUUCUGCUCGAGUAGAAAAUGAUGUCCCAACAUCUGAACUCGAUGCUGGAGCAUCUUAAGAUGGGGUCGCUGAUGAGCAAGGGCGGCAAGCAGCAGCAACAGGUCGCUCCGGCCACCUCGUCCGCCAAUGGUAGCGUUGCCAGCGCUAGCGGUGCACCCAACGGCAGCUGCACCAACAAUAAUCUGCACUGCAAUCAUCACGGCGGCACUGGGCACAACAAUAAUAACAACACGAGCAACAUUAACGCCAACCACAACAACAACUGUCACAAUGGUGGGCCGCUUGCGGGUGGGAAGAUGGCGGACACGACCACGGUUGUGGUGGAGCGGCGUGAAGUUGCUGAAGGGCGCGAAAGUAGCAAGGCGAACCAUAUCGGUGAGGAGCGCCGUGGGUAUGAUGUGUCACGGAAGCGGUGCAGCAUAUCGGUGCACGGCGGGGGGACGGAGGGCGGUGGAGGCAAUAUGAGGACCAACUAUCGGGAGCUGUCACCGGCCUCGUUGCGGAUCCAUCGGAAAUCGUCGCACGAUAUUCGCAAUACGCUGCUCGGGCCGGACGGUGAGGUGCUGCAUCUGCAUGACCCUUCCGGGAAGGGUGGCGACGGGAUGGGCAAGAUGCCGGCCGUCGUCAAACCGAUCAAGCUGAAGAGCAUUGUCACCAAGGCGGAAUCGUACGACACCAUGCAUGGCAAGGCGAGCGAUGUAAUGUCAUGCUCGCGGGAAGUGUGCAUGGGAAGCGUUAUGACGCCGCACGUCAUCGGUACGGAAACGCGCAAACCGGAAAUAGUGCAGCAGCACGCGAAAGACUUUCUCGAUCAGUACUACUCCUCGAUCAGACGAUUAAAAUCGCCCGCACACGAUAGCCGCUGGCAGCAGGUGCAGAAGGAGGUUGAAGCAACAGGCUCCUACCAUCUGACGGAAACCGAGCUGAUCUACGGCGCUAAGCUGGCCUGGCGCAAUUCAUCUCGGUGCAUCGGUCGUAUACAGUGGUCCAAGCUGCAGGUUUUCGAUUGCCGAUACGUAACGACCACCAGCGGUAUGUUUGAAGCGAUCUGCAAUCACAUCAAAUAUGCCACCAAUAAAGGAAACCUCAGAUCGGCCAUCACGAUUUUCCCGCAGCGAACGGACGGCAAGCACGACUACCGCAUCUGGAACAAUCAGAUUAUCUCGUACGCCGGCUAUAAGAACGCAGACGGUAAAAUUAUCGGUGAUCCGGCCAAUGUCGAGUUUACUGAUUUUUGCGUUAAGCUCGGCUGGAAGAGUAAGCGGACCGAGUGGGACAUCCUGCCGCUGGUCGUGUCAGCGAACGGGCACGAUCCGGACUACUUUGACUAUCCACCCGAGCUGAUUCUCGAGGUGCCGCUUAGCCAUCCCCAGUUUAAGUGGUUUGCCGAGCUGAACCUGCGAUGGUACGCCGUGCCGAUGGUAUCGUCGAUGUUGUUCGAUUGCGGUGGCAUUCAGUUUACCGCGACCGCGUUCAGCGGUUGGUACAUGUCGACGGAGAUCGGUUGCCGCAACCUGUGCGACGCUAACCGUCGAAAUCUCCUGGAGCCAAUCGCCAUCAAGAUGGGACUGGACACGCGAAACCCAACCUCGCUGUGGAAGGAUAAAGCGCUGGUGGAGAUUAAUAUUGCCGUACUGCACUCGUACCAGAGCCGCAAUAUUACGAUCGUCGAUCAUCACACAGCCAGCGAGAGCUUCAUGAAGCACUUUGAGAACGAAACCAAGCUAAGGAAUGGUUGUCCGGCCGAUUGGAUAUGGAUUGUACCACCGAUGUCGGCCUCGGUAACGCCCGUGUUUCAUCAGGAAAUGGCCGUGUACUAUCUGCGACCGUCGUUCGAGUAUCAGGAAUCGGCUAUGAAGACGCACAUCUGGAAGAAGGGACGAGAUUCGGCGAAAAAUAAGAAACCUCGCCGAAAGUUCAACUUCAAGCAAAUAGCUAGAGCUGUCAAAUUUACAUCGAAACUGUUCGGGCGCGCCCUGUCCCGCCGGAUCAAGGCGACGGUACUGUACGCGACGGAAACUGGCCGGUCCGAGCAGUACGCCCGUCAGCUGGUGGAACUGCUUGGCCACGCGUUCAACGCACAGAUCUACUGCAUGUCGGAUUACGACAUCUCAUCAAUCGAACACGAAGCCCUACUGCUGGUGGUUGCUUCCACCUUCGGCAAUGGGGAUCCACCGGAAAAUGGCGAGUUGUUUAAGAAAUUGUUGGAGAUGAAGAAGAGUAAAAUGCUUUUUGCCCAAGAUCUGUACGCGAUGAAGCUGCACGAGAGUGGUCACCAUCAGGCCCACAGCGAACUAACGAUUGCCGCAUCCUCCAAAUCCUUCAUCAAGGCCAACUCGCGCAGCGAUCUCGGUAAGUUUGGUCCGAUGGGUGGUCGUAAAAUUGAUCGACUCGAUUCGCUGCGUGGUUCAACGACGGACACGCUUUCGGAGGAAACGUUUGGCCCACUGUCAAACGUCCGGUUUGCAGUGUUUGCGCUCGGCUCAUCCGCUUAUCCAAAUUUUUGCGCCUUCGGUAAGUACAUCGACAACAUACUGGGUGAGCUGGGCGGCGAACGGUUGAUGAAGAUGGCAACGGGUGAUGAAAUAUGUGGCCAGGAGCAAGCGUUCCGCAAGUGGGCACCGGAGGUGUUUAAGAUUGCCUGCGAAACGUUCUGUCUCGAUCCGGAGGAAACGCUGUCGGAUGCGGCAUUUGCACUGCAGAGCGAGCUGUCGGAAAAUACGGUCCGCUAUGCACCGGUGGCCGAGUACGAGUCGCUCGAUCGGGCCCUGUCCAAGUUCCACAACAAGAAAUCCAUGGAAUGUUCGGUGAAGCGGAAUCCAAUCAAUCUGCACUGCGAGAUGAACGGUACCGAGCGGUCGACGAUUUUGGUGGAAAUUAUGGCUGAAGGGAUCGACUACGAACCAGGAGAUCAUGUGGGUAUUUUCCCGGCUAAUCGAAAGGAAAUUGUGGAUGGAAUCAUCGAACGUUUGACCGGCGUAAACGAUCCAGAUGAAAUGCUCCAGCUACAAGUUCUGAAGGAAAAACAAACACAAAAUGGUGUCUACAAAUCUUGGGAACCACAUGAGCGCCUCCCGGUCUGCACGCUCCGUACACUGUUGACUCGAUUCCUGGACAUUACUACACCACCGACCAGACAGCUGCUCACCUAUCUCGCUUCGUGCUGCGGUGAUAAGGCCGAUGAGGAAAGGCUUCUGAUGCUAGCUAAUGAAUCCUCGGUGUACGAAGAUUGGCGCUACUGGAAGCUACCACAUCUGCUCGAAGUUUUGGAAGAGUUUCCUUCCUGCCGACCACCGGCAGCCGUCUUCGUCGCCCAGCUGAAUGCACUGCAGCCACGCUUCUACUCGAUCUCUUCCUCGCCGAGGAAGUACUCGAACGAGAUCCAUCUCACGGUGGCCAUCGUUACGUACCGGGCGGAGGAUGGUGAAGGUGCCGAACAUUAUGGCGUUUGUUCGAACUAUCUGGCCAACCUGCAGUCGGACGAUAAGAUCUAUCUGUUUGUGCGCAGUGCACCGUCGUUCCACAUGUCAAAGGAUCCGACCAAACCGGUCAUCCUGAUCGGUCCGGGAACGGGCAUUGCACCGUUCCGUUCGUUCUGGCAGGAAUGGGAUCACAUCAAGACGGAAAUGGUUGACUGCAAGAUUCCCAAGGUAUGGCUCUUCUUUGGCUGUCGUACAAAGAACGUGGACCUAUACCGGGACGAAAAGGAGGAGAUGGUUCAGCACGGCGUACUCGAUCGAGUUUUCCUGGCACUUUCACGAGAGGAGAACAUUCCAAAGACCUACGUACAGGAUCUUGCCCUCAAAGAGGCGGAAUCGAUCUCCGAGCUCAUCAUGCAGGAAAAGGCCCACAUCUACGUCUGUGGCGAUGUCACCAUGGCCGAGCACGUGUACCAGACGCUGCGCAAGAUACUGGCCACGCGCGAAAAGCGCACGGAAACUGAGAUGGAGAAGUACAUGUUAACGCUGCGGGACGAAAACCGCUACCACGAGGACAUUUUUGGCAUCACACUGCGAACGGCAGAAAUCCACAACAAGUCACGUGCAACUGCCCGCAUUCGGAUGGCUUCUCAGCCGUAAGCUUCGGGUUUAUCCUCGGUAGGAAAGUUUUACCCCCUGAGAUGACGCACGUAAGGGGUGCACCACACAAAAAAAAUUGUUAGGAUAUAAGUGAAAAGAAAAAAGUUUCCCUUUUACAACAAACGACACGUGCGAGUGGUGGUUUGCGUUGCUUUAACCGAGAAAACUUAAAUGGAAAUGUUUGUUCCACUCUUAAAACACCACUAAAUCGCAACGAAUCUAUAAAGAACAACAAAAAAAGAAACAUUGUAUGUGUGUGUUUGUUAAGAGCAGUAUUUAAUAAGCCGUUUGUGUGGAAAUCUAACUCUUCACAGAUACUUCAUGUUGAGAGCAGAACUCCAAACCGAAAUCUUCGAACCUAAAUUGCUUAAGCUAUGCACCCGUUUCAUCGGUGAUCGUUCUCGUUGCACAUCACUUCUCGAUAAGCUUCUGAGCACCCUCGUCUCUUGAUGUACUUGCCGAGUGUUGGCAAAACGUUAAACAGAAUUUUAAUACAUCGAACGCAACACACCAGAAACAAGCAAUCACAUUCAAACCAGAUACUUUUUGUUGUGCUGCACUGCUACCAACUAUCAAACGCUCGCAACUCUUUUCUUUUCACGUUAAAACCAAAAGAAAACCCAAACACCCCCUAUUAAAAGCAGCACCAGCUAGAAGAUGUUUUAAAUGGCAAGUUAACAAACGUUUCACUGUUAAAUUUUAUCGAAUAAAUCUAUUUCCACCCCAUAAAAGAGUAUAAAAGGGCAGCCCAGCAACCACCCGGGGAACACUCACUUCCCUUACUUAUAGCGUGGUGGCGGUGAUGGUAUGGAGCAUAAAAUGUGGUGAUACAGCAUGAAACUUAGCACAGAGGAGAGGUAUUUGCUAGGAUAGGAAAUCCAUUUGAAAAUGAAACAACACUAAAAAGCAAACUAAUAUAUAGAUAGUUAUGUUUCUAAACAAACACAAACACAUUAAGCAGUCUAAUGCACAAAACUAGUUAAAAGCAAACAACAAUAUGGAAGCGGGUGAAGGAUGAGUCCUUUGGAAAUGAAACUUAAGAAUGUGAUCAAGGUGGUAGUAGAAGAGAGAGAGAGGGAGAAUGUAUGUAUUUUAAAGAGAAGAGAAACAGAAAAAAAGACAUGGAUAAAAUAUUAACUUAAAAAGUUUAUUCAGAAACAUGAUAAUAAGACUAUGUGCUGUUUAAAUAUCUUUUGAGAAGUAAACUUUAAGCAAAUAAUUUUAAAUAAUUAUUUUAAAAAAUAUUUCUUUUGUAAAAUAAUAUAAGUAAAUCCUAUUGUUUGGCGUGAAAUUGUGUCAAAAUUAGUAAAAGGCUUGAUUGGAAGUAUUCGUGAGGUUCUGGCUGAAGGUAAAUUUAAAAUAAUUUUAAAAUAAGUUUUUUAAGCAUGUAACAAUUUUUGCAACACUUUAGCACAACAGCAAAACCCGUUGAAAUCGAAACAGAAAAACGUCACAGAAUCAAACAAUGGCACCUAGUUACAAACCUCCUUGUCUAUCAUUCUCAAACUACUCUCAAUGGAUGUUUGUGUGCGUGAUAAUGUAAAGAAGUUACUCUCUGAACAUUUCAUCAACACAAAACACGCACCACAAAAAAAAAGCAAAAACUCAACAAACCAACUCAACCAAAACCAAAACCACACGAGACCCAUGAGAUUGCAAAUAAACCAAAUCAAACAAAGCUA